CGAAAAAAUUAAAAAUUUUAAUGUAUUAAAGAAGAAAAAAAAAAACCAAUAAAUUGCAAAAGAAAAUAUUUCGAACAAAUAAUCAAACGAGGCUCCCUUGGGUGAGUCAAGUGUUGUUUAAGAAAGGGGAACGAGAGAGCACAAAAGACAUUAAGAAUAUAAUAUAAAUUUAGUUUUCUUUGUUGGGGUGUGACACAUCGAAGAAAAAAAAAAACCCCAUUCAUUUCUAUAUAACAUUAGAGACAUUACAAAAAAAAAAAAAAACAAUUUGUAGGAAAAAUAUUUCAAAAAAAUAAAAUUAAUAUAAAUAAACGAAAGAAGACCGAAAACAUCUUCAUAUCGCUUACUCUUUGUAAAAAAUGCAAAAAAAUAAUAACAAAAAUAAGAAAUAAAUUCUUGGUGAGAAUAAAGUGAAGCGAAGACAAGCUUUACAAAAAAAGAAACAAAAAAAAAAAACAAAAAAAAAAAAAAAAGAAAAGACACAAAGGACUUUUAAUUUUCAACACGAAUUUAUUAUCAUAGACAAAACGAGUGACAAUUGAAUUUUUGAAUAUUUACUUGACUUUACACAAAAAUGUUAAGUUUUUGGCAAAACGUUUUCCUAACUAUUGUGGUCGUUAGCUUGUCAAACGUUCAGGCUGCUUCACCACGCUGGGAACCACAAAUUGCAGUACUCUGUGAAGCCGGGCAAGUCUAUCAACCGCAAUAUCUCUCCGAAGAGGGACGUUGGGUAACAGAUCUGAAUAAGAAAUCAUCGGGCUCUACAUGUUUGCGUGAUAAACUCGAUUUAUUGGAUUAUUGUAAGAAGGCCUAUCCCAAUCGUGAUAUCACCAACAUUGUUGAAUCAUCACACUAUCAGAAAAUUGGCGGCUGGUGUCGUCAGGGUACAUUAAAUGCAGCCAAAUGUAAAGGUUCACAUCGCUGGAUUAAACCAUUCCGCUGUUUGGAAGGACCCUUCCAAUCGGAUGCUUUAUUAGUACCCGAAGGUUGCCUCUUCGAUCACAUACAUAAUGCGUCACGUUGCUGGCCAUUUGUUAGGUGGAAUCAGACCGGCGCUGCUGCCUGCCAAGAGCGUGGCAUGCAAAUGCGUAGCUUUGCUAUGCUAUUACCAUGCGGCAUAUCAUUGUUUUCGGGCGUUGAAUUUGUUUGCUGUCCCAAGCACUUUAAAACCGAUGAAAUUCGUGUCAAAAAAACCGAUUUACCUGUUUUACCACCUGUCGAAAUUUCUAAUCCCAGCGAUGAUUUGGAUGACAUUGAUGAUGACAAUGAAUCCAAUUAUUCGAAAGAUCCGGCCGAUGACGAUGUAGAUGAUGACGAUGAAGAUGACUUAUUAGCCGACGAUGAGGAAGAUGAGAUGGCUGCUGAUGAGGCGGCUGCAAACGGUGAUGAUGCUAAUGCAGAAUAUGAUUCGACUGAAGAUAAUUAUGAUGAAGAUUCAGCAACGGAUAAUUGGGAUACGAACGGUAGCUCAAGUGGUGCAAAGCCAUCUCUAACUAAUAAUAAUAAUAAUAACAAUAAUAAUAAUAAUAACAAUGGCAACAACAAGGCCAAGAAAAGUGAUUCGAAGUCAUCAUCUUUGCAUAUGAUGAAUAAUGAUAAAUCCGUAGUAGAUUUACCUCAGUUACCACCUACUACUGGCCAACCCACGCCCGAUCCUUAUUUUACCCAUUUCGAUCCGCACUAUGAGCAUCAGAGCUACAAAGUAAGUCAAAAAGAAGCCCAACAGCGCCUCGAGGAAUCCCACCGUGAAAAGGUUACACGUGUCAUGAAAGACUGGUCCGAUUUGGAAGAGAAAUAUCAAGAUAUGCGUUUAGCGGAUCCGAAAGCAGCGCAAAGUUUCAAGCAACGUAUGACCGCUAGAUUCCAGACUUCUGUUCAGGCACUCGAAGAGGAAGGCAACGCCGAGAAGCAUCAAUUGGCGGCUAUGCAUCAGCAACGUGUUCUUGCCCACAUCAAUCAACGCAAACGCGAAGCGAUGACAUGUUAUACACAGGCCUUAACCGAGCAGCCACCCAAUGCUCAUCAUGUAGAGAAGUGCUUGCAAAAAUUAUUACGCGCUUUGCAUAAAGAUCGAGCUCACGCAUUAGCCCAUUAUCGUCAUCUAUUAAAUUCAGGCGGUGCUGGCGGCUUGGAAGCUGCCGCUUCGGAGAGGCCACGCACUUUGGAACGUUUAAUUGAUAUCGAUCGAGCCGUUAAUCAAUCUAUGACAAUGCUUAAACGUUACCCUGAGCUAUCCGCUAAAAUUUCACAAUUGAUGAACGAUUAUAUUUUAGCUUUGCGCAGCAAAGACGAUAUACCCGGUUCUUCAUUGGGGAUGAGUGAAGAAGCGGAGGCUGCCAUUUUGGAUAAAUAUCGUGUUGAAAUUGAGCGUAAGGUCGCUGAAAAAGAACGCCUCCGUUUAGCUGAAAAGCAGCGCAAAGAGCAACGUGCAGCUGAACGGGAGAAAUUGCGCGAAGAGCAGAUGCGUUUGAAAGCUCAAAAGGUAGAUGAAAUGCUCAAAUCAGAACAGGAAACCGCUACAAUGAAUAGCGAGGAAUCGAAGGAUGUCAAAGAAAUAACCGGUCCAGUGGAUACCGUAGAUCCUACCAAGUCAGUGCAUAACUACAAGGAAACCAGUAUGGAUGAAGAUGCUGAAGCAACUGUCAGCACCAAAACACAAACAAUCCUGCCCACUGUGGACGACGAAGCUGUACAACGUGCCGUCGAAGAUGUAGCUGCCGCAGUAGCUCAUCAAGAAGCCGAGCCACAAGUGCAACAUUUCAUGUCUCAUGAUUUGGGUCAUCGUGAAUCAUCUUCCGAUGCAAUUCCAUUGCAGAGUUUCUCGUUACGCAGGGAAUAUUCGCAUGCCGCAGCGCAUACGAAUAAAGAAGGACGCAACGUCUACUUUACGCUCUCAUUUGCGGGUAUUGCUCUUAUGGCAGCUAUAUUUGUCGGUGUAGCUGUAGCCAAAUGGAGAACAGCACGUUCACCCCAUGCGCAGGGCUUCAUUGAAGUUGAUCAGAAUGCCACCACUCAUCAUCCUGUGGUAACCGAAGAAAAAAUUGUACCGAGUAUGCAAAUUAAUGGUUAUGAAAAUCCCACUUAUAAAUACUUUGAGGUUAAAGAGUAAAGACACAAAAUACACUCAUAUAAUAACUAAAACGUAAGAAGAUGAGAACAUGAACGAAAGUAAAUGAGAGCAAAAGAAUGAGAGAAGAGUAAAUAAAUAAAAA